AUGGACAUACCCAUAUGGGCUUGCCUAGAUAUAGCCCAUAUGGGUCCCAUAUGUGCAUGUUUGCUGGGGCCCUCUGUUGGUGAUAUGGCCAAGAAAACCUCGCAGGUAUCAACUGAGGCUAACUCGGGGAUUUCAACCACCAUAUGCUUCAGUAAAGAUUCCACUCAAGAUGUUCCGCCUAGCAACCAGCUGCAUUCCCAGUCAGCAAAAGUUACAGUUAAUAUAGUCAAGAAGUCUUCGCAGGUAUCAAGUGUCCAAACUGAAGCUAUUGCAGGGACUUCAACCACCAUGUGUUUCAGUAAAGGCUUAACUUCUGAGGAUGAACAUGCUGAUACAGAGCCAUGGACACAUGAAGAGGUCUGCAUAUUACUAACUCAGCUUUUUGGGUCAAAGACUGUGCAUUCAGUUUACUUGUGUUCCUCAAAGUGUUGUGCGAGUUUAAGCAAAAAUGAAACAAGACGAAUUGUCCCUAAAAGAUUUAAUCAUCAAACUUUCAUUACCAAGAAAAAUUGGUGGUUAGUCUAUGUUGAAGGUGAGGGUAUGUACUGUACUGUUUGUAAGAAACAUUGUAUGAAGCACUCACAAAACAAUGCCGAGGUCUUCUCUGCUGAUCCAAGUGUUAGGUUUAAGCACUCCGCCAUAAUAACUCACAAAAACAGCAAAGUGCAUAGAGCAGCCUUAGAAAACGAACUUGUACAAAAAGUGUCAUGCUUUCACCAUGAAUUCACUAAAAAGUCUGAACAUGAUUAUAUGUAUCUUCAGAGGGCAUUUUCAGUGGCAUAUUUUUUGAUGAAAAACUUUAUAGCUAAUGCAAAGUUUGAACCUCUGUUGAAGUUUAUUGAAAACACUUGUGGUGACGACACUUUGAAGUAUUUCCAUCACAGCUCAGGAGGUUCAAGGCAAGAAAUUUUUAUGACAAUUGGAGAGACUGUUAUGUCAAAUGUUGUAGAUGAUGUGAAAAACGCGGAGACUUUUGGAAUUCUUACAGAUAAAGUAGCAGACAUUUCUGUCACGGAAAAUCUAGUCACAUUCAUCCAGUAUUACUCUAAAUCUAGUAAACAAGUGGAAACAAAAUUCUUGUCCUGUCAAAAUAUUUUAGAAAAAUUUCAAAGUGCAAAUGCCAUGGCAAUUAAAUCACUGUUAGUCUCGGAUAUUUCAGAAAAGGGUCUAGAUAUCAAGAAACUCACUGGCUUUUCAUCUGAUGGAGCAUCUGUGAUGAUGGGAAAGGACAGUGGAGUUGCUGCUUUGCUCAGGUCAGAGAACCCAUCAAUGAUAAACAUACACUGUAACCCGGUUUUCAAGAAUUAUGGUGUGAAUCAUGUAACAGUUCUUGCUGACCACUUCUUCACAGAAGCCAGAGAUAAAGACAAACUUCAAACUCAGUGGGCAGGCUUCAAGUUCCACAUUUGUGACAUUCUACUCCCAGGCAUGCCAGAGGAUCUAGGUAAAAUGACUCCAACUGAAUGGUUAUUGUUACAACUUCUUAGAAGCUCUGGGUUAAGACAUUUCAAUCCCCAACUUGUUUAUUUGGCAGAAGUUGCAGCAUCUUUACCAGUAACAAAUGCUUGGCCUGAAAGGGGUGCAAGUGUCCUCAAAAUCAUAAAAACCAAACAACGAAACAGACUUGGUGUUUCCAUGAUGGACACUCUCAUGCAUGUUGGAAUCAAUGGACCCCCAGUUGAACAGAGCGAGGAAGUAAUCAAGACAUCUGUUUCUAACUGGCUGAAAACCAAGACUAGAAGAAAGGUUAAACCAAUGAAGCAAACAUUAAUAUCAUCUGGAUGA